GCCAGAGGCCAUGGCCAAGGGCAGGAAACUCUCACUUCCCAGCACUGGGAGGGUCCUUUAUGCUGGGAAUCCCCCUCCACCUCCUCCUCUUUGCGCUCCCUCGGGGCCUCCUGAACUCUGUCCUCAGCUUCAGUGUUGCGCAUGGGCCAAGCAAGAGCCAAAUGCCCAUCGUGAGCCCAACAGUGUGAGGAUGAGGGAAAUGUUGAACCAGCUCUGCUUCUCACACCCUCAAUGGCCAAGAGCCACCCCAAAUGCCUCCUGGACCCCUACAGUCCCCUUACCCAAGCUCUCAUCCUCUCCAUUCCCUCCUAUGGUGGAACCUGUUCCAGCUCCCAUAGCAGAUGCUCCCUUUGCUCCCCUAGCUGGGUUCCAGCCCUGCACAGGCUCAAACACACACACUGGGAGCUCAGGGGCUGUCGAGUGCCCCACAAAGCACAUCUCCACCCUUGCCCUUCCUCCCCCAUCUUCGCCCUCUCCCAGCCCUCCCCUAUGGCCCCACCACUGAUUACCCAGAGCUUUGAGGCUAAUGCCCAACACCUGACCAGCUUAUUCUUCUGAGUCUAUUAUCAGCUUAGGGACCAAAGACAUCUGCUACCUGCUCCUGGCUGGGAGAUCUGAAGGAGUCUUCAAACAGAACAGUGCAGACACAGAGGACGGCGGCUCGAUGGGUUUCUGAAUACCUCCAGCACUGAGAGGGGGAGCCCCUCAUCCACACAGGGCAGAAUGGCUCAGGAUAUGACAGAGAAGGAACUGCUGAAAAUGGAACUGGAUCAGCUGAAGAAGGAGGUAAAGAACGAGAGGCAAAUGGUCUCCAAGACCGGCAAAGAGCUCAAGGAAUACAUUGAAUCCAUGGCAGGAGAGGAUCCACUGCUGAAAGGUGUCCCUGAGGACAAGAACCCCUUUAAGGAGAAGGGCGGCUGUACGAUAAGCUGACAUCCUUCCUCCUCCUGCACCGCCCUGCUUGGGCACAGAGCCAUUCCCAUGCUCAAGCCAAGACUGUCAGAAACCUGCUUUCCCUAUAGUCCGACCUCAGCACUGGGGAGUACCAAAAUAAAGUGUAGUCGCAUCUGAAGUAGCAGCAGAAAAAAGAAAAAUUAUGAGAAAAAAAGAAAAAAAAAAUUACCCCUGUGAUUGCAGAGAUGAGGUGCAGCAGAUGGAGCAGAGCGUGUUUGUGUGCUCCCAUCACUGAUUGAUGGUUGGUUUCCAGCAAGCAAAAGUUCUGUGUGUUCAGCAGGCAGCAGCAAAGUGGGCUUUAAUGGCACAGGUAGGGCUAGGAAUGGUUUGUAGGUAUAGGGAGGUACUGAAACACGUAGGGCUGUACCUGGACUCCAACCCCAGGCAUCCCAGCAGCAGGGCAGGCUCCAAAGCCUAGAGCAGAGCCCUGCAUCCCCACUCGCUGCAGAGAAGCAUCCCGGUGGGACCUCGCUCACGUUAUCACCUAUCAGUGCCUGAAUCCCCCAUCUGGCACAGGCAGACAAACACGCUCUGAUGCUCCCAGGGGUCUGAAGCUUUCAUCUCCUCUUUCAUAACUCUGUCCAUCGCUCACAGAUCGCACCUCCCAC